AUGGGAUCCUCUUACGAACGUGAUUUGAAAGAGCAAGAACUUGCAUUGCUUCGAAAAUCGAUUGAGGAGUGUCGCGUUAAGAGAGAAGCACAAGAGCAGAGAUUGCAUUCCCUAGAGAUACACAUCGAGGAGCGUUCCAAAGCGUUUGAGACUAAGGACAAACAAGUUAGUUCUAUCAAACGACAAUUGAGCUUGUUUUGUGGAGAUAUCGAUGCGAAAGAGAGAGAAUACGAUGCUAUUCGAAGACGAGUGGAAGAACGUAACAGAGAGUUUGAAGCAAAGGAAGAGAAACUCAAGUUGAUACAGAAGCACAUUAGCGAGUGUGAGAUGCAGCUGCGGUUGAAGGAGGAAGCGUGUAACUGGCAACAUGAUAUGGCGCACCAGGUGAUCAUUGAGCGCGACAAAAUGCAGAUGGAAAUUGAAGAAUGUGUCAACAAUCUCAGAGCGAAGCAAGGACGGCUAGUUUUGAUUGAGGACUUGAUUAGAGAGCGCGAGCAAGAGCUCAUGGCGAAAGAUAUGGAUUUUCAUCAAUUCCUGGAUAACAUUCAUAGAGAUAGUGAAGCGAAGAAAGAUGAACUCAGGGCUCUAUCAGAGAAAAUUGUUGAAUGUAAUAUGGAGCUUAGGACGAAAGAGGAAGAGCUUGAUGCAAUGAAGAGAUUAAUUAAUGGAAAAGGUAACCAACUAGAUUUUAAAAGGAAGGACUUAAUUAAGUCCAUGCGUGUAAGAAUCAAUCAGCUUGUUCGUGAGCUUGGAUCAAAGAGGAAAGAGAUUGAUACUCUCACAUGGAUGAUGAGAGAAAGCAAUUUGGAGAUUGAAAAGAAAGAGAAGAAGCUUGAAGGAGUGAAGGACCUUGAGUCAAUGAAGAAGCAACACGAAGGGCAAGUGAAAAAGCUCGAGUCGAAAGAGAAGCAAUAUGAAGGGCAAGUGAAGGAGCUGGCUUCGAAAGAGAAGCAAUUUAAAGAACGAUCGAAUGAGCUGGCUUUGAAAGAGAAGCAAUUUAAAGAACGUUCAUUAAGUUGUUUCUCUUUUGAAGAGAGCUCGUUUGUUAAGUUGCUUCUCUUUUGA